CGAACCUGCUCCUCACACACACACACACAGCCGCUUCUGAAGCACUCUGCUCGGCCAGGACAGAGCCGUUUAUCCCCUCCCUGUCUUCUCUUCUCUCUCUGUCUCUCUGGAGCCGGACAGUUCACUAAAAGUAGACAAAGUGUGUCUUAUUUUUGUUUAUUUCUCUCACUCCCGUCGAGGACUCGCCGUUGUCGGUGAGUAAACGGUCGUUUUAACCGACCUCCGGUGACGUGCUUUGCGGUUGAACGUUAGCAAACUGUCAAAAAAAAAAAAAAAAACAUAACGUGCUGUUCGUCGUGUUUCAUUAUCACCGUGGAUGUGACGCUUGCAGCUGACCUCCGUAAAGGAUUACAGUUCCCACAGUGUUAUGUCGUAUCUUCUGAGGAUAAUACUCUCCCCCAUGUGUGACAUAUCAAGUGACUUGCAGUCCUUUGCAAACAGUGACAGUCUGCGAAACCCACCUGUGAAAACAAAGUGACAGCAAGCGCCUGGAUAAUUUGGAUGGAGUGAGACUUUGCUGUCAGAGGAGAUAAAGCUGAUAUCUUGAUUAGGACAAUCGAAGCGGCGACUUGGCAUCUUCUCACCUGCAUCUGAACCCCAAACUGAGCUGAACUCCAGAAUGGAUGGAAUAGACACGCUGCAGAGCUCGGCCCCGGAGACCAAGGCUGAGCGAAUUGCCCGCUACAAGGCAGAAAGGAGGAGGGAGCUCGCCGAGCGCUACGGCAACACAGACGAAUUCACCUCCAAAUAUGUCCGCAGGGACAGGAAAAUUGGCGACUCAUCCGAAAGCGUGUCCUCCAACACCAAGCAGAAGGAGAAAUAUGAGGAUAAUGGAUCAGAGCAAACGUACACCAGGAGGGGCCUCAGGAAUAAAGUUGCAGAACCUGUGGAGCGCGCCGAUGAUGAGCCUGCCUCGGAAAAAGAGGCAACAACCCAGCUCAAAACAGACACAGUUUUAUCCUCUGUGAAGACGUCCUCUUAUUCCAGGCUGCUGGAAACUGAUGACACAGAGGAGCCAAAGGUGGACGAGAAGCCUGAAGACUCCUCAAAGAAGACUUCCAAGAUGUCUCUUUUUAAGGACCUGGAGGGGACGGAUGAUGGAAGCAGCAGCAGCCGCCGCCGACGUGCAAACGACAGGGUUAAGUGUCAUCUAAUAAGCAGCGACGAAGAGGAGUCCUCGAGCAGCCUUUCCAAAACCGAUAUAAACAAGGUCAUGGAGGAGAAAGAGGCCGCCGAUGAACCAUCAUGGAAGGAGAAGUGUGAAUCUGCUGCCGCUGUGGAAGAAAAGCCUCCCAGUCUCCAAUCGGACAGAGCUCUCCCCCUCAGCAAGAACAGAGACGCCUCUCCCCCUCCCUCUCCUCCCUGCCAGGCCGCCUCGCUGCAGCGCCAAGACUCCGGGCCGCGAGGUAUCAAGGGAAUCCUAAAGAAAAGCCGCUCCACCAGCGUGGAGUCGGACCACAGCGAGGGCUCGACGCCAGAGUGCGCGCCGGCCCGACAAAGCAACGUCACCCUCAGCCACCCCGAGAGCGAGGAGGAGGCGGAGGAGGAGGGGGAGGGGGAAGAGGAGAUGGAGGAAGAGGAGAAGGAGAUGGAAGAGGAAGAGGAGGAGGAGGCCAACGGGCAAAAUGAAAGAGAGGACGAGUCCUUAACUGACGAUAUCACAGACGGAGGCAGUUUCAGCAUCGACAGGCAGCAGACGGAGGGAAGCAGCGGUAGCAGCAGAGGGAGCUUCGAGGAGAUGCGGAGUCCCUCGCCUGACGAGAGCCUGGAGCAGACGUCGACAGUGUCGGAGGAUGUUGAGGAGCUGGAGAGCAGUUUGGACGGAAGCCAGAGCUCCCUGCUCAAACAGAGACUGGCAGAGUUCACUAGUGAAGGUGAGAAGAAGGACCGAGUGAGGAAGGCCAAGCCUUCCGAGGCCAUCCAGACGUCGCUGGCCGAUCGCUUCGGGCAGCUCCAAGACUCUGAAAAUGCCUGGAAGAAAAAGAAGUCCAACAUAGAGGUCGGGGCCAAGAUGUCGCUGGCGGAGAGGAUGAAGAUCCUUAAAGACAAGGAGGAGCAGUGGAAAAACAAGGGCAAAGGAGCAGCCAACGACUCCAUCCAGUUCACUGUGGCUGGACGCAUGGCCAAGCGGGGUCUCGUGUCAGAUACCGGGAAGGAAGAGUCUCCUCUCAUCACUCUAAAGAAGUCUAAUGCCACACCUGUGAAGCCGCAUGAAGAAAUCUCCAGUCGAACUGACGUCAAGGUGGAAGGAGAUAAAAGGCUCGACAAGCUCGAGUCUUUCUUGGACAAGCUCCACAAUAAAGGCGUGAGCAAAAGCAAGACAUCCACCAUCGAGGUGACAGCCGAGACAGAGAAAGAGGUGAUGACGCUGGAUGACGAGGAGACGUUCGGCAACUUCUACAAAACCGUCUCGCCCUCGACACUCCUGGACUCCAGCGUGGUUCUGACAGAGGAAGACCUCAGCCAGAUCCAGCCCAAUACACCGAAGCUCACGUCAGCCGUAGCAGAACACAAGCGAGCAGUGCGACCGACCAGAAGGAAUCAGGGCUCCAGGAAUCCUCUGCGUGCUUUGGCCGCUCGCAACGACAUCCGACAGGUCUACACGGAGCAGAGGCUUAACAUAGCUACGGUGGAGGCCAAGAGGAUCCAAGUGGAGAGGAUGGCAAAACACUCCAGAGCAAACCUGGCCGACGUGGCCUUGGCGGGUCUCGCCAGCAAGGAGAACUUCCGCAAGGUCAACCUGCGCAGUGUGAAAUCCACCGAAGUUGUGACCAACAACAGCGCGCUGCCUUUCAACAAGCUCAUGCUCAUUCGCAUCAAAGGUCGGAGGCACGUUCAGGUGCGCCUCAUGGAGCCCACCGCCCACUCUCUAAACAGCGGCGACUGCUUCCUACUCAUAACGCCAAAGCACUGCUACAUGUGGAGCGGAGAGUUUGCCAACGUUAUAGAGAAAGCUAAGGCGUCGGAGAUGGCGUCGUUUGUUCAGGCCAAGAGGGACCUCGGGUGUAAGGCCUCCCAGGUGACGGUGCUAGAAGAGGGCAUCAACACCGACAGCAGAUGGGCCAAAGAGUUCUGGAGCCUGCUGGGAGGACAGACCCAGUACAGAGGAGCUGGGGAGCCAGAGGAGGACGAGCUGUAUGAGAGUGGUGUGUUAGACUCUAAUGGUGUGUACAGACUCGAGGGAGACAAACUGGUGCCUCAUGAAGAUGCCUGGGCCUCCAUCCCGAGUGUCUCCUUGCUCAACUCUAAAGAGGUCUUGGUGUUUGAUUUUGGAAGCGAGGUGUACGUCUGGCAUGGGAAAGACGUGCCCUUGGGUGACAGAAAAGUUGCUGUGAAACUGGGCAAGCAGCUCUACAGCGGCAGCUAUGACUACAGCAGCUGCAGAGUGAACCCUUUAGACGCCUCCUGCACGGAUAAAGAUGUGCCUCUGCAGGGGGAGGGUCGUCCGAGCUGGACUCUAUUUGGCCGACUGUCGGAGCACAAUGAGACGGCCCUGUUCAGAGAGAAGUUCCUGGACUGGGCCGAGAGGAAGAAGGAGGAAGCGGCACAAGCAGAGGAAGUCAAGAGCCCCGUCCACUCGGCCGAACGCUCCCCGUUUGAAUUGGAACUGCAGCCAUGUGACGCCAAGGCCCUGCUGGACAACGAGCCGGAGCCGGUGAAGACCGUUCUGGAGGGGGUGAACGUGCAGCGGGGCCACGGCCUGGUGAGGGCGGACGACGGGAGACAGGCGGAGCUGGCGACGGUAGCUGUAGACGCCUGGCACAUCAAAGAGCACGGCGAGGAGGAGCUGCCCGAGGAGAGCCUGGGCCAACUACACGAGGGCGACGCCUACAUCAUCCGUUGGAAGUACUCCAUCACCACGCUCGUGGGGAAGCGGCAGAAACCCGGCGAGCUGAGCGCCGGCACUCCUGGAAGAGAGAGGAUUGCUUGUUUUUUCUGGCAAGGCCGGCACUCCAGCAUCAGCGAGAAAGGAACCUCUGCACUGAUGACAGUGGAGCUGGGGAGCCACAGGGGGUCACAAGUGUUGGUGAGUGAGGGAAAAGAGCAUCCAUGCUUCCUCCAGCUCUUCCAGGGAGGUUUGGUGAUCCACAAAGGCAGCAGAGAAGAUAAAAACACCGCUGUCUGGAGGUUGUUCUGUGUCCGUGGUGAAGCAGAAGUGGAAGCCUCGCUGGUGGAGGUGGAUUGCCAGCGUGCCAGUCUGCGCUCCCGUGCCAGCCUGGUGCUUCUUAACGCUCAGAAAAGCCGGCUCUACUUAUGGCAUGGCUGCAAAGCUCACCCCGGUGCCAGGCAGGUGGCCAAAAGAGCUGCGGACAAAGUAACUCAGAGGUGUCCGUCAGAGUUAGGUCUGAGCAGCAGCAGCAGCCUGAAAGUGGAGGAGGUGGAGGAAGGAGCCGAACCCGAAGAGUUCACUAAGGCUCUGGGCCCGCAAGACAAGAAGGCGUACGACUGCAUGCUGCAAGAUCCAGGGAAGUACAACUACACACCCCGGCUGUUCCGCCUCAGUGCCAGCUCCGGAGUGUUCGAAGGAGAGGAGCAGCUGUAUCAAGCCAGGGUGACGGAGGGCGUCAUGGCGAUGCCGUUCCUGCAGGAGAACCUCUACUCGGCACAACAGCCAGCCUUGUUCCUGCUCGAUAACCGGAUGGAGGUUUACCUGUGGCAGGGCUGGCAGCCCGACGACACGCAGUGCACCGGCUCCGCAAAGAUCCGCUGGAACAACGAGAGGAAGUGCGCCAUGGAGACAGUGCUGCAGUACUGCAAAGAGAAGAACCCUCGGCGCCCCCCUCUGGCCUAUCUGGUCCUAGCAGGCUGCGAACCUCUCACCUUCACCAACAUUUUCCCAUACUGGGAGAAGGACACCAGUGUCGCUUCAAAGGCCCCCAAGAGCAAGGUGAUGCUGGUGAAGGAGGCGCUUUCCAAGCUCAGUAAGCAGCAGUACUCCAUCGAGGAGCUGACCAGGAAACCUCUACCGGAGGGAGUGGACCCUCUACGCCUGGAGGAUUACCUGUCAGACCAAGACUUCAAGACGCUUCUUGAGAUGAGUCGAGUGGAGUUCAACGCCCUGCCAAACUGGAAGCAAAAGAAUCUGAAGAAAAGCAAAGGCCUGUUCUGAAACACGUCUGGUUUUUGUUUGAGGGUUUUUUUGUGCUCUCAGCAGCUUUUCUUACAUUUUUUAAUUCCAAAAAACAAAAAAACGAUCAUGUCCUCAUUUUGUGAAGGAUAAAGAAAAGUUAAAUGUACAAUUCUGUUCAAAUGUUGAUCUAUUUUUAAUAACGGUGCCAACGUGUCACCGAGGUAUUUUAGCCAACCAUUAUGUGCAAUUGUUAAUCGUUUCCCUUUGUAUGGUUAAAAAAUACAUUAGUUACCCUCUCACAUUAUAAAUAUGUAAUAUACUAUAAAUGAAUGUUUUUAUGUUUACUCCAGACGGUGUCGAUCUCUGUGUGAAAACGUGUUUGUAUAAAAAAUCGCCCGUGAUUUUAAAACUGAGGGUUAUUGAUCGCUUUUUGUAUUUCAUGGAAAAAAAACACAGCUCAGCUCAGCUCACCGGGAUUCAACUGAAAUGUGUCCGCCUAAAGGUCGACAGAGACAAAAUCAAUCAGACAACGCCUGUCGUUUUAAAAAGACAGAUUAUAUUCCGGACACGUGACUCAUCCUGUGCUAUCAUGGCAACAGAAAAAUCUUUUUUUUUUUAUAUUGUAAAUGUGUUUAAAAAUCCCAAAGAAGAUUCAAACAUUAACUCUGCAAGUUCGGUACUGAAUAACUGCCUCUGUCAAACUGGUUGUUUUGGACCAAAUCUAUUUGUUUUUUUGUCUUGUUAUAAAUGUUUUUGUGAAUCUGUGUGUGUGUGUGUGUGUGUGUGUGUGUGUGUGUGUGUGUGUGUGUGUGUGUGUGUGAGAGAGAGAGUGUAAAUGUGCAACUUUAAAAGUAUUAAGUGUGUGUGUGGAUGUGCGAGAGACAGCGAGAGUAUCUGUGCUGUAUAAACUGCCUUCUGUAGCUGUAGCUGACUCCACAAACGUAAAACUGCAGAAUGUGUUUUUCUUUUUUAUGUGUUAAACAUGCUGUUGAUACGACUGCCUGCGAUGUCUCUGCAUGAUGUUCACAAAAGUGUUUUUGCUCAACAAUCAUGUAUUAAUUUGUUGCAAUAUGCAUCUUUUUUUUUUCUUUUUGGAUGAGAUCUGAAUAAUAAUAUGUGGAGAAACAGCUUCCAGGCCAGAUUUUCAUGUAAUGGCACAUAAAAGUAAAACAUUUGGUGGUGGGGGAAAAAAAAAAACGAGAUAUUAACGCUCAAGAUUCCCUUUUUAAAUAAAGUAUUUU